CAUACUGUCCUAUUGUCAAGUGUUGUCAAGUUUCUGCAUUCUAUGCAUUUUAUGCGUUUGAUGCAAAAAUUAUUAGAUUAAAAAUAUAAAAGUUUAUAUGAUUUUGAGCAUAUGUAAUAAUUAAAAUGGAGCAGGACUUGAAAGCUAAAAUUGACCAUGCUUGUCGUACUGCAGAAGACUUCACAAAAUUAUAUUAUGAAUCUUUAGACAAACGGAGAUAUCUGAUUUCAAGAAUGUAUAUGGAUACCGCUACUCUGAUAUGGAAUGGAAAUGGUGUAACAGGCAAAGAAACUAUACAAAAAUUCUGGACAGAUUUACCACCUUCAGAACAUACCGUUCAUACUCUUGAUGCUCAACCAAUUACAGGUCCAGAGGUAGCCAACCAAUUAACAUUUCUUGUCAAGAUCGGCGGUCAAGUAAAAUAUGACGAGAAGAAUUCAAAAUCAUUCAAUCAAACCUUUUUAAUUACGGCUAUAGGCGAUAAAUGGAAAAUUGUAAGCGACUGUUUUCGAGCACAAGAGCUAUUAGAUAACAAUACAAGUUAGCUACAUUAAGUAGGUGCAUUAAGAUUAUAAUAAACUUAUUUUAUACUGUAAAACA